AUGGCCAAAUAUGAUGUCAGUCAAUUAACCCCCACAAUAGAUGCCAUUAUACGAGUGUCGGAUAUGAACGUGCUCAGCAUGAGACGACUCAGGUUAGUACUGUCUGCGAUAGUGAACACCAAUCUUUCCGGGGAAAAAGAUGAACUCCACAAACUGGUGCUUGAAAGAAUACAACUGAUGCAACAACAGGAGAAAAAGCAAAAAUCUAAAGUUGAUCGGAACUCUGAAAAGUUCAAGAGAGAACUGGAUAAAGAGAACUUGAUAAUGGCUCAGAGACUCAACCCAGGCUGGGGCAAAAAGGGAUUAGUGGGACACGUGAAAAAACGGGCCAAGCCAGAUGCGAACAAAAACAGAGGAGCAAAGAAACUCUACAAGCUUCAUCCCAUCCUGGCUGAGUUUAUGAACAAAGACGUGUCGGACCGUUUUGAGAUAACGAAAGAAGUGUGGAGGUACAUCAAGGAUAAGAACCUACAGAAUCCAGCCAACCGCAGAGAAAUAAUAGCAGACUCCAAACUAGCGAAGGUAUUCAAGGAAAGAUUUGACAUGUUCUUCAUUGCUAAGAAGAUGGGGGAUUAUUUGAUUCCAUUGGAGGAAGAUGGAGAGCGGGUCUCUGAUGAGGAUGAACAGGAGGAAGCUAUUGAUGAAGACGACGACGACGAUGAAGAUCAAGAUCAAGAAGAAGAAGAAGAAGAAGAAGAAGACGAAAAUUUUGGAGAACACAUAGCCGAGCAAAUUGAAGCUGAUAUGAAAAAUCCCACUGGUGAAGCUAUCGUUAAGUCAGAGUUUAAAUAG